GUGAGUUGUCAUCUGUCAUGGAUGCCUGUGUUGUUCUCGACAGACGGCGUCCGUGUUUUUUCGUGUUUUUGUUUGUGUUCUAAAGCGUGUGCGAGUGUGUGCGUUUUCUAGUUUGGUGCCCGAACUUCCCCUGUGCUGUGACCCCUCGAUGCGGUGUCCCCCCGUCCACCUUUGCGAGCGGGUCGGUGCAAUCCCUGUGGGCCAGGCGCCCUAGGUUCCCUAGGGCCUAAGUGAGCCUAGGCCUCAAUAUGGGCAACUGCUUCAGCCGCCAAAGAUCGCCCACCAAGAACGAUGGCGGGGGCCUGGUGGCGGCCGCCAACAACAAGGACCAGGCCCAGCCCAGCACCUCCAACCCGCCGCUGGCCAUCGCGACCCACGAACCCGCAGUGCGCGAGGUUAGGAACGGCCCGAUGCCUCCCAUCCCCGAGCCAGAGAUCUCCUCCGGCAUGAACGCCAAGAUCUUCGUGGCGCUGUACGACUACGACGCACGCACCGACGAGGACCUCAGCUUCCGCAAGGGGGAGCACCUGGAGAUCCUCAACGACACCCAGGGAGACUGGUGGCUGGCCCGCAGCAAGGCGACCAAGCAGGAGGGCUACAUCCCUUCCAACUAUGUGGCCAAGCUGAAAUCCAUCGAGGCAGAGCCAUGGUACUUCGGCAAGAUCAAGCGCAUCGAGGCGGAGAAGAAGCUGCUCCUGCCGGAGAACGACCACGGGGCUUUCCUCAUCAGGGACUCGGAGAGCCGGCGGAACGACUACUCGCUGUCAGUGAGAGAUGGAGACACAGUCAAGCAUUAUAGGAUUCGACAGCUGGAUGAAGGAGGAUUCUUCAUCGCUCGCCGGACAACGUUCCGUACAUUGCAGGAGUUGGUAGAACAUUACAGCAAAGAUGCCGACGGCCUCUGCGUCAACCUAAGGAAACCUUGUAUCCAGAUGAAACUGAUUGAAAAGCCAGUUACUGGAGGACUUUCACAUUCAACUCGAGAUCAAUGGGAGAUAGACCGCAAUUCUCUGAAAUUUGUCCGGAAGCUCGGGCAUGGACAGUUUGGUGAAGUUUGGGAGGGCCUGUGGAACAACACUACUCCUGUUGCCAUCAAAACUUUAAAACCAGGCACAAUGGAUCCUAAAGACUUCCUUGCUGAAGCUCAAAUCAUGAAGAAGCUGCGUCAUACAAAGCUUAUUCAAUUGUAUGCUGUCUGUACUAUGGAGGAGCCAAUUUACAUUAUAACCGAACUGAUGAAAAAUGGUAGUUUGUUGGACUUCCUUCAAGGCAAGGGUCGCCAGCUGAAAUUGCCUCAGCUGAUAGAUAUGUCUGCUCAAAUUGCGGCCGGCAUGGCAUACCUUGAAUCUCAGAAUUAUAUUCAUCGUGACUUGGCUGCGAGAAAUGUAUUAGUCGGAGACAGCAAUAUUGUGAAAAUAGCUGACUUUGGCUUGGCUCGUCUCAUUAAGGAGGAUGAAUAUGAAGCUCGUGUUGGUGCACGUUUCCCUAUUAAAUGGACCGCUCCAGAAGCUGCCAAUUAUAGUAAAUUUUCUAUCAAGUCAGAUGUUUGGAGCUUUGGUAUUCUUCUUACUGAGCUGGUAACCUAUGGACGCAUACCAUAUCCAGGUAUGACAAAUGCCGAGGUGUUGCAUCAAGUGGAACACGGCUACCGCAUGCCCUGUCCUAACCAGUGUCCUAGUGCUCUAUAUGACAUCAUGUUGGAAUGCUGGCACAAAGACCCAAUGAAACGGCCAACCUUUGAGACUCUCCAAUGGAAACUUGAAGAUUUCUUCACCAUGGAGGGCUCUGAAUACAAGGAAGCGUCAGCUUACUGAGACCGCGCCCACCUCCCCGACUGGCCCCACGCUCUAAGGGUGCCUCAUGGCACUCUACCUGGAUAAAUUUGGUAAUGCCAUACCGGACCAAAAGCUAACCUGAGGUUGGGCUGGCGCAGGGGAUGGGUGGGCACUUUGGAACCUAGUAGACUCAUUUGUGUAAUAUUUGUGGCUUUUCAUUUUUGUGAUUAUCUAAUGUUCUACCAAUCAAUCAAGCCUCAUGAGGUGUUACCAAACUACAAGAAUUUGAAAUCUUUACAUUGCUGGACUGGUUAGAAGUACAUCACAUGUAGGUGUAGUGGAUGAUCAUACUAUUGCUCACUUAGUAAAUGAUUACUGUCUCUUAAUUUAUUUUAGGACAUUUUGGGCAAUAUUCACUCUUUUUCCAGUAACAUCAAUUGGGAGUUUCUUUUUUUUUCUUUUUGAAGUAUUUGUGGUGAAACAAUUUGUCUGUUAAUAGAUGCAUGCUUUAUUUACUAUUAUUGUUUAUUAAUUGUGUGACCACAUGCGCUUUUUUGAUCAUGUUUUGGACUGAUUAGUGUCACCAGUGAUUGCUAUAUUGAUUGCUUUUAUUUUUAAUGAUGCAUUUACAAACAGAACUGAUGUACUGUGUCCGUGUAUUGUUUGGGUUGCCUUUUCCCUUGUUUUUUUUCUUUUCUUGUCCAUACGUAUUUUUCCUUUCUCUCUGUCUUUUUUUAUUUGAGAAGCCAUAGUUAGAUUUCACAAACCCUUACCAAAACUUUGAUGUGUGUGCGUGACGUUUGUAGGUGCUAUCAAGUUUUAGUUGGGAAGCUUUGAAAGAAUUUUGCUUUUAUAAAUACGAGCUGUUAUGAAUUCAAAAAAAUAAUUAUGCUGUUAUUUUUGUAUAUAUAUAAGUCAGCACUGUACGAUGUGCUAUUGGCAUCUGCCAGUAUUACUAUUUUACCGUAUGACAAGCCUUUAGUGUAAGAUCGAGGGGCAUAGCAUGUUCCAUUAAUACGUGUCUACUGAUACACUAAAUGGAGCCAUCUCUAUUAUGUUGAAUUCUUAUCUUAUGUUAAUUUAUGUGUUUUGUACUGUGUCUUUUAUAACUGUCUUCAUUUAUAAAUCUUUUGCCUUGUUUGGCUUAUCAGCAUAAAUUGUUCUUACAAUCCUUAAUUUUACUUUUAACUUCUUAACACAUUUUUGUGUAGUCUGUGAAAUCAUGAGAAAACCAUUGUUUAAGUCUCAGUUGAGAUGUUAGUUGUCUGUCUUCCUGACAUUUCAGCUUUUUGUUCUAAUAAGUGACAUCAUAGAUAUGUAAGAGCCAAGUUCUGCUAUAAUUUACAUAUGUCAUAGUGUAAUUUACUAUGUGUAAGUUUAAGUAUUUAAGUUGUAGAUCAAACCGUACAGUAAUUGUAGACAUGUCACUUUUAAUCUGUACAUAAUUUACCUAAUAUGAGCUACCAAAUUCAUUCUUCAUUCAUACUGUGUGGAUCUUUUACUGUAUGUGUAUGAAGUUAUGAUGCUCCAUUGAUGAGCGCUGAACGUCAUUUCACCAUUUUAUACUUGACUUUAUUUUAUUGUUUGAAGUGAAUGAAUUGAAACUGUUGGUGUGUGAUAGGUGUUACUCAACUCAAUUAUGCACAAAUCCUAACUUUCCAAGCUUUUGGAAAAAUUUUCUAUUCCUUUUUUUUACCAUGGAGAAGUGAUAUAACGUCAUCUUUUAUUAAAUCUUUUGCCUCCUUGUGCUUGGUAACUUUCCCCCUUUUUAAAAAAAAUUUAUUGAUUGUGAUAAAUAGUUGUGCUUAGUGAAUCAGUUAUGAUUUUCAAUCAAGAAGUCAUUGAAAUGACAAAAAGAGUUCUGUCCUUUGUAACCAAUUUUCUACUGUAGAACCAUAAAUCUUAUGCAAUUUUUAGCAAGACUUCAGUAUUUACGAUUAUGAUAUCAUAAUCUGUUAUCAACAGCAGCCAAAUAAGUUAUUCUCUGCAAUGAUGCCUGACAUGAUAAAUCUGAAUUGCUCCCGUGGUGCUCUAACCAAUUCUAUGCAGACUGAUAUAAUACAUAUUCCAUUAGGGGCUAUGCAGCCUGCCAGGAAAUGUUCAUGAACAUUUGUUUGUGUCAAAUCAAUGUUUACGUGAUGGUUGUUGAUGAAGUCUUUUGCAUGCGUCAACAAUUUGUCCAAGUUCAAAUUUUGAAUAUUUGUAAGGGUUUUUCCGCAAUUUUUGAUUGUCUUGACUUCCAAGACAUUUCUCACUGCCAGUUCUAUUCUAAAUUAAAACUUCCAAUAAAUUUUAAACUUUUGUUUCGGCUGAUUGUUUUCUUAAGAAUGGUUUCUGUAUUUUAGUAACUCAAAGCCUUUGGCUCUGAAUGCUCUGAAGAAACCCUGUACAUCUGCUGUGCUCAAAUAUUUGUGUGGUGUAUGUUUACCAAGAACAACCACCUCCGUAUUGAUGGUUCUGUGAUUACAAUUUCUCUUAAAAGCAAUUUGAACCAAAUCCAUCCUGAAUUCACUGCCACCUUUCUAAUUCAAAGACAUAGCUAGCAAUAAUGCACAUGUGUGGCCCAAUUUUCAAUUUUCAUCCUUCAUCUUUUUUAUGUCUCACUUUCCCAUGAUUUACACUCUCAUAAAGUAGGUUUUUGAUGACAUUUUGGUCACAAUGAUAAAUAUUUCAAAUGAAACCUUAUAUCAAAGUGCUUUUGGAACAAUUUUAAAGCAUCAUAGUUAAAUUAUCCUGUCAGUUUUAUCGUGUUCCAAUUGGCAAACUGAAUGAUCACAGGUAUUAUUAGAAGCACUCGUACAUACUGCCUGUAUGUCCUCCAUUCAGCUUUACAAUUUUGCACUUGGUAGAUAGUUCUGAUUCAUCAAGUUAGUUUGGUUAAGUUUUGUGUGAUAUCUGUUCUCAGGUGUUAACAUCAUUCAUCUCAUGAAAAAAUUAUACAAACUCACAUUUCUUUGUACCAAAUGAAAAGAAAUUUCCUUGGUGAUCAGUAGGAGCGCAGUGCUAUAAAAUGCUACCUUUAUUGGGUGAUAGUUUGAACAUUACAUAGUAUCACUUAAUUCUUUGUGUUUGCCCUCUGUAUGUCAUGUGAAUUCGUGUCCAUUUUUCUGUGUACAUUGGUUCAAUACAUUGGAUAGAAAAAAAAAAAGUCAAACCAAAA